AUGCACAAAUUCUUACUCGUACCAGAACUCCUUCGUAACAUCCUUUCAAAUCUUGAUCCCGACGACCCGCAUCUAUCCAUUAGAGAUCUCUGGGCGAUCAGAUCCGAGCACUUUACCCUCGAACGCGCGAUGCAGUCGAGUGAUUGGGCAAUUCUGAAGAAAUACACUCACAGGAUUCGAUACUUCAUCAAGCAGCUUUACGUCGCGGAGCUUGACAGUCCGGUAUAUCCAUUCUUUCCUCUAUUUGUUGGACCUCAACUGAUUUCAUCAUGUCGAGACGAUGCGACUGUCGACCUGCGUCGACAUAGCAACACUCUCUUGUCGCAGCUACCCGAGAUGGAGACUCUGGAUUUAUUCUUCGUUGCCGACCCAGCGGACAUUCGGAUUUCCAAGAAACGGCUAUCUCCAAUAACUUGCCUGUUCAUGGGUCCUACGCCAUCACCUUCGAAAACUUUGCAGAAGACGCCGCAGAGCCCCCUCGCUGGCCUCGAGAUCAACACGAGCGCGGUUCCAUACUUAGACAACGCUUUGCUCGAGGAAGUGUCCCAAGCGCUUCCUCGCUUACGUUCGCUGACUAUAUGCGGGGCACCCGGAUGGCACUCGAACAACAGCGUCACGCUCGCUGGUCUUGCUAGCGUUCUUCGCAACUGCACCGAUCUUACAGCUCUCUGCCUCGGCGUAGACCCGAGCCGGACGUCUCGCGCGUCAGCGGCAGCUGCUGCAACACCUUGGUCACGUCAUUGGGGCUCGCAGGCUCGCCUAUCAACGACGCUACUUCGCUGCUCGCCACGUGGCCCGGAUGCUGCCUCGGUUAGAGAUCCUUUCUGGAUCAUGGGUGUGCAUCAAUAAUCAGCGUCCUGGUGAGGAAGAAGCGGCAGGGAGGGAACGAGUCAGGAAGUGG